AUGUAUGGAAGCGCGCAUCCCUGCGCAGGGCGACCGGCUAGCGCCGUUUUGCUGCACCUCCUUGCCUUCAACAGCGCACGACACGACACCUCUUCGCGUCCAACACUUUCAAGACACCUUCGACGUCUGAAAGACACCAUGGCGAAAGCCUUCCCAUUCUUCCGCCUGUCGCGGGAAUUGCGCGACGAAAUAUACAAGGAGGUCGGGGGAGACACUAUCGAGUUCAACCUCAUUCCUGCGCCAAAGGACAGAGAUUCCACCGCUGAGGAUGAAAACCCGACCAUGGCCGUCAAAGUCGUCGGCGCGCCGACCCUGGCCCCUCUUCUCGUGUCUCGUGACUUCAAACACGAGUACGAGAUGGAGGUGCGGCGCGAGAUGGGUCUUGUGGCUAUAGGACCGCUGGAGAGCGAGGUACAGACGCUGGCUUUGUAUGAGGACGGCAAGGCCGAUCGCUGCUUGCGAUGGUGUUGUGCCUUGCUGAUUCAGAUGUGGAAACCCACGGACUCGCCCACUGUUGAGCGAUACGAUGCCGUGCUCGACCUGCUACUACCAUACACGGACAAUCUCCAGAUGGUGACAUACGCCCUGCUCGACAGACUGCCUACGGACGGCUCAGAGCAAGUCAUGCCAGAAACCGUGCUGGAUGCGUCCGCCUUCGACGAGCGCCUAAUAAAACCAAAAAACCAAAUCAAGGACAUCCGUCUCACCAGCUGUCACUACUUCGAGGGCCACAAGCUCUCGCUCCCCCAGUCUAUGCGACCGUUGCGCGAUGUUAUCUCAAAAUAUCCCCUGUUGUUCCGCUGGGCGAACCAGAUCGGAUGGCCCCGUGUCAGAGGUGUGAUACAAGCUUCUGACUGCAACGUCAUGGCUUACGAGGCUGUGGCUGUGAGGGACGAAUGUGGCGGGUUUGUCGGGCUUGAUUAUUUGAUCGCACCUUGUGCUGGAUUCAAUCAUGAAGGCGUGAUGAGAGGGGUUGAGGGGGUGCUGGAAGAGCGUCGUGACAGGGGUGCUGGUAGAGCGUCGUGA